AUGUCCCCCAAGCCCCUGAAGUCUCUAUCAGGGAUCCCCCUGAUUCAGAUCAAUGCAGUGGGAGACCACAGCUUCGCUCUGUCCUUUUCUGGAGAUGUGUUUGGCUGGGACAAGAACACAGCCGGAUGUGGAGGAGAACAUACUGCCGUUCUGACAAAGGGAGGUGUGGUGUUCACAUUUGGCUCAGGCCGCUAUGGACAGCUUGGACACAACUCUCUCCGAGAUGAACUACAACCUCGAGUGGUGGGGCAACUCUGGGGGUCAAAGGUGACCCAGAUAGCCUGUGGAAGACACCACACAUUAGCAUUUGUGGGGCCCUCCAAUAAGAUCUACUCAUUUGGGCACGGAGAGCAAGGGCAGCUGGGAAAUGGAGUAAAGAUUGAUCAGUCUGUGCCCCUUCCAGUACAACUGCCAGACCAGAUUGAUGACCAGAAAAUUGAACACAUUUUUGCUGGAGGAAACCAUUCCUUUGCAUUGUGCACUCUUGGUCAGGAGUCUGAAGAAAGGUCUAACAAUCUCAGGUCAAGUGUGGGCAAAGUGACACAAGCUAUAGAUGAAAAGAUCAUUUACAAAUGGAUCUCGGAAUGUGAUUCAAAGUCUUGGAAAAAAGGACAGAAGGAAAUCACAAAAAUGUUUUCUUCUGCAUCAUGUUUAAAUGGGAGCUUUCUUGAUAAAAGUUGUGACAAACAUUACCAAACCUCACCAAAACAGUCUGGCCUGGAUUUUUCACUCGUCCGAGGCGCAUUCCGGAAGCUGGCGAAAAAGGGCAAAGUUUUGACUGAGGUAGAAGCUGUUGUCCAGCACACACUGCUUCCCUCUCUGUAUGAGGAGCCCAUUGGAGUGGAGAGCUUGAGGGUCUACCUGGUUCUCCCUGAGCUCCUGAGGGUCCUUCACAAACAGCACAGAAGGACAGAUCUCACCGAAGCCGUUGCUGCUGCUAUCCUCAGACUGCACCCCGACAAGCUGCAGGUCCUCGGUGACUGCUGGUCCUCAUUGAAGCCAUCUGUCAUGACCAAGCACAUUGGGGUGUGGAAGAAGGCCCUGUCGGGGAUUCUGAGGAGUGAACAUAUUCUACGCACUCGUGACCCUGGGAUCAAACACCUGCUCCAGGUCCUCGGCCAUCUCCACAGAGUCAGUGUCCAUGCUUCUCUGCUCGUACUGUCAAUCCAUUUAUAA